GUCCUUGCCUGUAGCUAGUGAUUUUAAUAAAAAUCAUUUUAGUAGCUUGUAUUUUUGUAUAAAAUCACUACGUAUUUUUAUUUGUGAGUGAUUUCAUUAGUCUACAUCAUUGUACUGAAUUCUGAUGUUAUGUUUUAAUUCAAAAUGGCUUAUGUUACUAGUAUGUAGUAUAGAUAUGAUUUUUUUCUGAAUUCAGCCAUUCAUGACAAUUUAAUUGGUUACUUGUUAUGUUAUCAAGAAUUUGAAUCCUAACGAUGAUGAUGCCUAACGCCGCUGAUAAUAAUUGGGACCCUUCCUUGAGUAGACUGUUGACAUCAUUAAAGGAAGUACAGUCAGGUGGUGAAGAUGUAGCAUUUCUUAGUGAAUUGUUACAAUCCAAACAACUGCAUGCUCUUGUCCAAGUACAUAACAAAAUAGUAGCCAAAGGAAAGGAUGACAAAUUUUAUCCAUUGUUGUCAAAUGCAAUGCAAGUUACUUUAGAAGUUUUAGAAAUGUUUGGUGAAUUGAAAACUGUCUCUAAAGAAUUUCAAGAGCUCCUGAGUUUACUUCAAAAACCACAUUUUCAGGCCAUUUUAUGCACACAUGAUGCAGUAGCUCAAAAAGAUUAUUACCCACAUUUACCAGACAUUCCUCCAGAUGGAGAUGAGGAUGAAGAAACUGUCAAAAUUGUACAAUUAGUUAAAAGUGAUGAACCCUUGGGUGGAGCACUGAGUGCAGAACCAAUUGUGGGUGCCACUAUUAAGACAGACGAGGAGACUGGUAAAAUAGUAAUAGCUCGCGUCAUGCACGGCGGGGCGGCUGAUCGAUCCGGCCUCAUUCAUGCUGGCGAUGAGGUCAUUGAAGUGAACGGUAUAAGUGUCGAAAAUAAAACGCCUGCUGAUGUACUCGAUAUUUUACAAAAUUCUGAGGGGACAAUAACAUUCAAGCUAGUGCCUUCUUUUGGCAAAGGUGGGUCCCGGGAGUCUAAAGUGAGAGUGCGAGCUCUUUUUAAUUAUAACUCGGAUGAAGAUCCAUACAUCCCUUGUAAGGAGGCGGGUCUUAAUUUCAAAAAGGGCGAUAUCUUGCAUAUUGUUUCUCAGGAUGAUGCAUACUGGUGGCAGGCUCGGCGAGAAAACGAUAAAGUUAUGAGAGCGGGUUUGAUACCGUCUCGGGCUUUGCAGGAAGGUCGGAUUAUACAUGAGCGGCAAAGUGAUCCACAAUCUACGGACGGCAAACCAGCUCUAUGUUCACCAACAAAUGGCAACACGGACUGUAGCCCAAAAACACCUUGUUCGCCGACUCCAAACGCGACUGCGCUUCUUCCUUGCAAAUCUACGCCUAAAGUGAAGAAAAUCAUCUACGAUAUAAAAGAGAAUGAUGAUUUUGAUCGGGAGAUGAUACCGACAUACGAAGAAGUGGCAAGAUUGUAUCCAAGGCCGGGUUUUGUUCGACCUAUUGUAUUGGUUGGGGCACCGGGUGUUGGUAGAAAUGAAAUGAGGCGACGUCUCAUAGCUACCGAUCCGGAAAAGUACGUCACGCCGAUUCCAUAUACAUCGAGACCAUUGAAGCCCAGCGAGCAAAAUGGGAAGGAAUACGUUUUCGUUACCCGCGAGAAGAUGGAACAAGAUAUUGCCGAUGGAAAAUUUAUCGAACACGGCGAGUACAAAGGGAAUUUGUAUGGGACUUCGGCGGAGAGCGUGGAGACGAUCGUUAAUUCUGGUCGUGUAUGCGUCUUGAGUCCGCAUUGGCAAGCGUUGAAGAUGCUCCGCACGACCCGCUUACGUCCCUACAUUGUGUUCGUAAAGCCGCCGUCAUUUGAACGUCUGGUUGAAACCAGAACGAACGCUAACGCACGUUCUACCUUUGAUAAAGAAAGUUCAAGGGCUUUUACAGAAGAAGAGUUUCACGAUAUUAUUCGUUCGUCGACGCGUAUCAACUUCCUCUACGGCUACAUGUUUGAUGAGGAGAUUGUCAAUGAAGAUCUGGCAAGUGCAUUAUCACAGCUCCUAAAAACCUCAUGGAGGGUUCAAUCUGAGCCGCUUUGGGUUCCUGCUUCUUGGGUACAGUAAAUGAAAUAAUAUCCUAUCCGAAUUCCGAAACAUGCUAACUUUUGGGAACUGUUGAAUGUAUAAAAAUGUACAUAUUUAUGUCACAUUUUGUAAGGUGCCAUUUCUGAUACGAGAUUUAACUGAUUUAAAUUAUGACUAUAUCUCUCAGAUGUUAAUUUUGGAUUGUAUUCAUCCCUCAUGGAUGACCUCAUGGAUUAUAGUCGUUAUAACCUAUGCCCUGUUUAGUAUUAGAUGUUGAAGAAAAAAGACACACCAGGUUUUGGGAGGGAAAUCGUUGCUCUUUAAGUCGCUUGAUUAAAUUGGCAGCGGUACAGGUCAAUUAUCGCCUGUUAUUAAUCGACUCUAAGAUGCCGGUUAAUAUGGAUUUCAGCUGCUAAACUAUUCAUAAUAUAUUUGUAUAUCUGAAAUGACACCUUAAAAUUAAUUUAUAUUGGCUUAAUUCACAGUACUCUUGAAAGUAGUAAAGCCUGGAGAUUUUCGUUGAAAGGGCAUUAGUAAAAUUUUAAAUAUUAUUUCGAUUUUUAAGAAUUUUCACAAUUCAUUGCAUUGAGAUGUCUAUAGACAAAAAGGCUUUUAUAGCACGUAGAUUUAAUUACAACAAAUACGUUAUAAUAGACAAUAUCACAAUUUAAAAUAAUUACUCCAUUAGUUCAUAAGUUUGUUCAUAUAAACGUAUAGCUGCACUAGUCACAACUUCCUCUUAUAAAUGCUCAAAUAAAAUCAAGCGUUGAAAUUAUGCGUCAAUGUGAUUCAGAUGUGUUUAUUGGAAUCGGUAAUACAUUGCCAUAAAAUUGAUAUUCCAAAGAAAUCGAUCUCAGUCCAGUCAAUGAAAUUAAGUUAAUAUUAGUAACCAUAAAGUUAUACACGUGCCUGUUAUUAAACGCUUAGAAAGAUAUCGCUACAUAAUUAUUGUUGUGUAUUUUUGUGUUGUGCUAAAGUUAGUAUUGUUGUCGUUGGAUAACAUAGGAUAAUUGUCAGUGUAAGUAAUGUGAAAAGCAAAGUUGCAAUAAAUAUAGAAAACUUAGGUAGAUCUUAUGAUUUAUACUAAAUGUUAAAGUUUUAGUCGUUAAAGUGUCCUAGAGCAAACUUAUAUCGAUCAUUUUGACGUUAGUGGUCCCUAUUGACAGUAGAAGUUAAUUUAAAAAAAAAUACAUUUAUAUAUACAAUAUCUUCAUAGAAUAGUAUAUGCAAACAUAGAAGGUUCAUUAAAAAUAAAAAGAUGAAUGUUUCGGCAUUAAAUUCCCAUUCAUAAUAAAUGUGUAUUCUAUAACUAAAAAUUUGCCUGGCUAAGCGAUCUAUGAAGAAAAUGUUGACUUAUUUGACCUCAUCUUUCAUGACUACGCUCGUGCUUAAAUAUCGUGUAUUCAAUCCUAUUUCUAUAGUAAUGGUUAUUUUUAUUGUGUACAUUUUUGUAACAAAGACAUUUGUACGUUAGAUGUCUGCAUUUGUUCUAUAUCUAUUUAAAAUUUCCAGUGUUCCAUAGUUAUGUGAUCGUGAUGAAUGUCCUGCAAUUUAGA